CGUGGAGCGGUCCGGGGGAGGGCCGGGCGGCGGGAGCCGAGGCGCGGCGGCGGCGGCGGCGGCGGCGGCGCACAGCCUCCAGCGACGACCCAGACGGACCGGCGCCGCCGCAGUUACAGGAAGGAUGUUACCUGUGAUGAUGAGAACGUUACUGCUGCUGCUCCUGCCCCUGAGUCAGGCUGCUCCCAAGGAUGGCACCAUGAGGUUGGACCCUGAAACACAGCAUCUGCCUCUGCCCAACCCCUUCGAGCCAGGCCAGGAGCAACUUCGACUUUUACAGAGCUACCUAAAGGGACUAGAGAGGAUGGAAGAGGAGCCAGAGAACAUGAGCCGAGAGCAGGUUCUCCUCUACCUCUUUGCUCUCCACGACUAUGACCAGAGUGGACAGCUGGAUGGCCUGGAGCUGCUGUCCAUGUUGACAGCCGCUCUGGCCCCUGGAGCUUCUGACUCUCCCACCACCAACCCGGUGAUCCUGGUAGUGGACAAGGUGCUGGAGACUCAGGACCUGAAUGGGGAUGGGCUUAUGACCCCUGCAGAGCUUGUCAACUUCCCUGGAGAGGCUCCAAGGCACACAGAGCCCAGAGAGCCUCCGGAGCCACAAGAUGCUGGGAUGCAGCCUCUGUUGGCUAAAAGCCCACCGAGACAAGAAGCAUAUGAAGCUCUGAGUCCUGGAGAAGCAGCUGGAGGACAGGCAGAGGCCAGAAUGGAGUUCUUGGAGCCUGUACAGGAGGCUGGGGGACAGGCUGAUGCUGUAAGAGAAGCCCCAGGCCCUGGAGGGCAGGUUGGGGGACAGGUAGAGACUGGGGAUGCUGGAGGGAGAGCAGAAGAACUUCUAGGAGAAACACUGGGGUCUAAGAACGUCCCAAAUGAGCUUGAGAUUCAUGCUAUUCAACUGGAGAAUAGUGAGAUGUAAACCCUGAGGGUACAGGUUUGCACCACUAGAAGUCUCAGUGUUGGAACAUAAGCUCUAAGGGUAGGGUGUGUAUAUUAGGAUGACGACCACCUCUGUGCCCCUCCUUGGCCCCAGCAGGUGGUAGGUCUUUCUGUGCAGUUCAGUUCAGUCUGUGCAGUUCAGGGAGACCCUAAGUUGAAGGGCAGCUUUAGGGCCCAGAUGACCAAUAAAGAACUGAAUGAACCCAUCCCCCUGGGCCAUCGAUCCUCUGGCCCAGCAUGCCCUGGCCUCAGACUGCAGGGGUCAGGGACCAGACAGGCCUCUUGGGAGGGCAGGAAUUCAGUUUACCCAGUGUUCCCAGACGAGACACAGAAGAGUUCAGCACUAGGCCACAGCCAGCUGCAGACAACUGGGGAAGGGAGCCCAGCCUCUUCCCAGGGCCCAACCGCCAACACACCCUCCUGUAUUCAGGGCAGGUCUGCUCCAUCACCCUAUAUCUGCUCCCCACCCCUGAAAAUAUUAAUAAUAACUGCCAUUUACAGAGUGCCUAGUGCACAUCGGGCAUCAUGCUGGGCAUUUUAUAGAUUAUGAUUUCAUCCUCACCAUAAUUAUAUGACCAGAUGGAAUGAUCUCUAUUUGACAGAUAAGGAAAUUGGGGAAGAUGGAAUUCAGUAACAUACCCAAGGUGAAAGUGAAAAUCA